AUGUUCACAUUUAGAACAAUUUAUAAAUACGCCACCUAAACAGUUGAUACAGAAGCUCUAUUAAAGAAACUCUAGACAAAGUCUCUAGUCACCUUAACAAGGGACAAUUAUUAAUUGAACAUGGGUUUAUUGAUCCAAAGAGAUAUAAUAUUUCUUCAUUAUACAGAAGAGGAGAUGAAACUUAGAAAAUUUAGAUACUAAUUAGAAAAAAGAAAUAAUUAUAUUCCUAAAUUGCCAAAGGAAUUGCAUGAAUAUACUCAUUUUACUGGAGAUUAAAACGUUUUUGGAGAUGAGACUGCAACCCAUGUUAGAUUGGUUGGAGAUGUCCGAACAGUAUUUUUGGAAAAUAGUAAAUUCUUUAAGCAUUGCGAUCCAAAUGAAAAGAAUAAUAAGCUGAUUUAAUACAAUUCUUCACAUACUGUAUACUUAUUAGUAAAAUAAAAUGGAGUUUGGGGAUUUCCAAACAUCAAUAUUGAAGAAAAAGAAACUUUUUAAGAAACACAAACAAAAUUAUUCGAAAAAAUGACACAAAAUUCUUGGCAAGUAUAUUAUUUCAACAGAGAUCCAAGAUUAGUGACCGUCAAUCCUAAUUCUGAUGAAAAUUCAAAAAUUAAAGGAGUCAAAACAAUCUAUUUUUAAGCAAAGCAUUUAUAAGGGAAAGUCAAGAUUUUCGGAUAUGAUGAUUGGGCCUGGGCUUCCAGGUUAGAAAUGAAUAAAUACCUAACAGAAAAUGCAUAUAAUUAGGUUAUUCAUGCUUUAGAUUUAUGAGUUAUAUAUUUUUAAGUAUAUUUAAGAAAAUAGUAUAUUUUCUAUUUUGAUGA